GCAAUUAUUGGAAAUUAUAAUAUCGACUGAAGGUCAUUGCAAACAGUGCCCACGAUCAACGCUCGUGCUGGUGGGCUUGUGGGUCAUGUUAUGAGACUUUAUUCUGGAAAUAUCUUGCGUUUUUGUGGCUAAUCUUCCAUAAGUCUAAAACAUUCUAUUUGGAACUAUCAGAUACUUGUUGCUCCACCAUCCGUUGGAUGGGCUAAUGUUCGAUGAGACUGCUGUGCAUGUUAUUGGAGGAGGCAUCGGAGGAACAGUUGGAGCAGUUUUAACUUGUCCGUUAGAAGUUGUCAAAGUUCGCCUACAAUCUUCAAAGGGAAUUGUACUUUCUUCAUCUUCAUUCAGGCCUAACGUCGUCUCAGAUUAUAAUCGCAGUCACCGUUUUUCGCGCAUACGAUGCAUGUUGUAUGGUUUAAAACAAGUUGAUCCUAAACAUGUUCAAAAAUCCAGUCCCAGUCACAAGUCAGUGAUUUCUUCAUGUAUUAGUUCAUCAAAACCCUCAGUUCCCAACAUUCCGACUACAUCUUCCGAUUUCUCGAACGUCAAACCUCAUGGACUUCGCCGAUCUCUUAUUCUUCGCUCGUUAAUUGACAUUUUUCGUUAUGAAGGACCCACAGCUCUCUUUAAAGGUCUAGUUCCUACUCUUGUUGGAGUGAUGCCAACACGAGGUAUAUACUUUUGUGCAUAUCAUAAUGGACAGUUAUUCUUUGAAAAAUAUUUCCAGCCUGGUUCUUCAUUUGUUUAUUUAUGUGCUGCUGGAAUCGCAAGCAUAACCGCUUCUUCCUUAACCAAUCCUAUUUGGUUUGUAAAAACAAGGCUUCAGUUAGAUUCACGGCCAGGUCAUACACCUAUUACUGUUUCACAAGUUAUACGUAACACUUGGAAGCAAGAUGGAUUACGUGGCUUCUACCGAGGUGUAAGUGCAUCGUAUUUUGGUUCUCUAGAAACAGCUUUAAACUUCGUUGUAUAUGAAAAUUUUAAAUCAGAACUGCUUUGGAGAGAGCAUAAACGUAAACGUCAAUUAACUCUUAAUAGUUCUGUUCCAAUAUCGGAACAAUCUGUUUACAGUAGUAAUAAUGAUUAUCUGCCUCAAAAAGCAUCGGAUUUUCGUGGUUCAAGUGGCGGAAGUAAAUUAUCUGCUUCAAAAGAUAUGAUCUUGUGUAUGAUUGCUAGUGCUUGUUCUAAAGCAAUCGCUAUUACUGCUCUAUAUCCUCACGGUAAGUACGUAAGCGGUCAUUGUAGUAGCAUGAAUAUUAAUAAUUUUUAUUUAGGUACUUAACCUUCCAUUGAUUAAUUAAUUAACUUACUCACCAGGUACUUUGUUACGAGCCACACUUAAAUUUGAGUGCUAAUGUUGACAGGACAUAGAUUAAAUUAAAGCAUAUUCCAUGAAAAAAUCUAUGGGACCACUCUGAUUGGUCCGUUUUUAGUCAAUCAGCUUUGGUGCAUAGAUAGAGAGGACUCUAGAAUUUUUCUCUCUAUAUAUAUAUCAGCUUCCGAUUAACCUAUUAACUACUGUUGUAUUAUUAAUUAUUCUUAAUCUUCUGGCAGUUUAUUAUUCAUAGUCUCCCGUACUUUCAACCACUUUUUGGCUUGACCAUGUAUAAUUGUUAUUUUAUAUUCUACGGUGUGAUGUGGUCUGGUCUGCUUGUAUAUCAACUACGUUUGUCUAAAAUACAUUAUUAGUGGAGGCUGGUUACUGAUUUCUGGACUCAAGGGUAGGACGUAUAGGAGGUUAGAGGAUCGCGACCCAAUAAGAAUUCAGAUGUCAACCCAAAGUUUUUAACGUUGAACAGAUUCCGAAGUGGGGUUCAAAUCUGGAACUUAGUGACUGAAAGUUACUCGAGUGCCCUAACCACUAACUCAUCGCUUCACCACCACAAUUAUUCAUAGAGAUGUGUUCAAACUCAGAUAAAUAAAUUCGAUUGAAGUAACUGAGUGAACCAGUGCAUUUAACUUGUAUUGAUUAUUAUUAACAUAAAUAAAAAGCCCUAGAGUACAUUAACGUUCAUUUGUUGACUAGAUUAUAUUAGUUCCUAAUUUCAUAUUCUAUCAAAUUGUGUUAUGGCUUUUUUAUGUCCAGGUAAUUAUAAAUGACUGUAAUCGUUUGUUAGCUUGAACAAGAACUUAGAUUUAAAUCAAUAAUUUAAACAAACAUUAAAUCUCUUUUGUCAAAUAACUUAAUUCCAAGAAUAUCUUACUUCGAAAUUCAUUUUACGUCUUUCUUUUUGCUGCCUUGAUUAUCAGUAAUACAGAAAUGACCUUAGGAAAAAUAUCAAUACAUAUUGUUUUACAGCAGACCACUAAAGAUCAAUAAAAGUAAAUCAAUGCGUGUGUACACUUGAUUUCCAGGCAUUACUUAGAAUAUAAGAACGGAAGAUCACUACCUGGAUGAUGAUAGACAAGUAGAUGAAAUGGUCUUAGACUUAAAUUUACAAAGCCAUUCAGUCUAUUUUCUAUUCGUAUCACAUGAUUAACCUGGGUGUGUAUUAACGCUCUAGGUCACCAAAUAUUGUUGUAACAACCAUGAUUGGCUCAAUCAAUAGUUUAACAGUGGCAAAUAUAGAAACUUCUACAAUCUAGUCCAUGUUUGUAAAUUUCGAGACAUUGUUAAUAGUUGACCUAGACCUAUAUCACAAGGCCAAUUUUAGUCAUGUGAUGGGUUUGGAAAAAUUAAGACGAUCGUCUAUUGAAAUAUAAAAGAAAUUUAUGUUAUGUAACAACAUCGUGGAAACAAUCAAUAUAGAAUAUAAUUGAGAAAAUAUGUACAUUAAAUAAAAUUUACUACAAUUAUUUUUAUAUACAAACAGUUUGUUUUAUUUUGAUAGUAUACUAUCCUACAAAUCUGGAAAUCGUAAAAAAUUUUGUCUAUAUAAUUUUCCAUCUUUAUUACUAAAUAGAAGUAGCUCGAACUCGUUUACGUGAAGAAACUGGACAAUAUCGAGGAUUUUUUCGUACACUUCAUUUAGUUGGCAAAGAGGAAGGUAUAAGUGGACUUUAUCGUGGUAUGGCAACUCAUUAUAUUCGUCAAGUACCUAAUUCUUGUAUUAUGAUUGGAACUUAUGAAUUCGUUGUCUUUCUGCUACAAUCUUGGGAUUUAACUAAAGACACCAAGGUAUAGUAGUGUAUUGCCUUUAUUCUUCUACUGAUUAAAAUCUUAUAUUCUUUCACUUUUCUCCAUUUGUACAGAAAAAUCAUUAUUAGAAUGAAAAAUAAAUGUGUAUAAUUUCGUUUAAUUUGUUUUUACUCCUUAUAAUCGUGUUACUUCCCAUUAAAAACAAAAUAACAGAACUUAUAGCCUAAAGAAGAAUAUAAGCGAUAGACAGAGUUAUUCAGGACUUUUCUUCCAUUUAAGUUUACUUCUUAUUUAAUUUAUUAUUAUUACUAUUAUUAUUUGUAUACUGUAUUGUGUCAAAUUGUGAUAGUCAAUUGUGAAGAUUGAUUCUCGAUGGGCGAGUAUUUCAUUUCUUUUGUACUUGUUUGUUUAUCUACUCCCUCGCUUUUCAUUGCUUCUUUUUAUCACUCGCUUCCACUACUAAACGUCAUAUAUGUAUUGAAGAGUACUUUUUUAAAAUGUACACAAUAUGCGUUAAUACACCGGCAAAAAAGGUAAACAUACUGAGGCGUGUAGAUGUUGUGUUGUAAAUUUUUAUCUCUAUCAUCACCACUUCCUUCGUCCCUUUUGUCUCUCUUACCCCCAAGAUUAUCAUCAUUUAUCUCUUAGUUGUGUUAUUAAUCAUCUAUUUUCUCUCAGUUUAUGGUAUUGUAUACUACUGAUUAUUAUUAUUAUUAGUCUCUUCCCUUCUUUUUCCCCUGAUUAUUGUAUACAUGCAUUUUCAUUAAAUUUUGUAAUAAAGUUUGAUCAGG